CAAAAUAUACUACAUACAAAAAUAAAACUUGGUCACAUCUAAAAGCUCAUACUGUAUAAAACUUAAGACAAGAGUUAAGAGUUAAAGCCAAUAGUAGGUAAAUAAAAGCAAAUAUGAUGAAAUAGGGUGCAAAAUACAUUAGACUAAGAUAAGAGUUGAGGAAAUCAAUAAGGGCAUUAAAUAAACUCAUCUCCAUGUAUAUAUAUAUGUGUGUGUGUGUGUGAUAAACAAUUUGAGCCCUGGGCCUGAUUCCCAUUGCCUUUUAAACUGGAGCACAAACUGGUUUGAAUCUGUUCAAAUGACCCUGGUUCACACUUGAACCAAAUUGCUGAAGCGAUUCAGUGAGGGGGGCCAUGCCCUAGAUUUAUUUAAUACUGAUUUUUUCUGCGUCUGUUCUGCACAAGUGUGAACCAGAUGCAGAUCGGAAUCGAUUUAAAUUUGCCCUUCGGCCGGCUGCAGCAGGUCCAUUUUGAAUCAAUCCUUUCGUGAAUGUCAUCCACAAGUGGGUUACUUUACAGGGCAAACAUGCAAUCAGGGCAAAUGUAGUGAGAACCACAGCUCCGCUGUUGAAUCAGUCCAUCGAUUCGGAUCGCAAAGCAAUUUCUUUGUAAGUGGGAAUGAGGCCUUGGUUUCUUGGAGUUGUAGUCCAAUACUCAAACCACUACUCCAUGUUGGCUCUCACUUGUAAUUAAAGGAAAGCACCUUUGAAUUCUUAGCUAGAUAAAUCCUCUGUUGCAUUUCACCAAACUACAAAACCCUGGAUUUGUGGCAGGUAAAGUGGACCCAUGACACUAUAAUUGAUGUGUGAAAGGGCCUUCUAAGUAAUGCCAAGUAAUAAAUGCAUUAAACCGUAACAUCUGCAAUGCUCUUUUGUAGAAGCACAGAAGUAGCCUUGAAAGGAAGGAGCGUAUACAAACAGGGAUCUGAGUAAACACUGGGAAGUUGCCUCUCAAGAGGAGAGCAUUUUGUGGCUGUGGAGGAAGCCACACCAAACGCAUCCUUCUGCCAAAGAAAGCAGCUGUUUCAUGCUUCCUCCUUUCCAGAAAGAUUCACUUGCUCUCCUCUUCCCAUUUCGUUUUCCUUUUGCAGAGCACUGACUUGGUUGUGAACACGGAAGCAGAGACUAUGCAAUCCUGUGUGGGUCUAUUGUCACGUGCUGCGAAAUGCAAUGCUGGAAGGGCACGACCGUGUCCUCACCCCGCUUUGCAGCAUCUUGGGGACACUGUUGCAGUCCAGGGACGUUUUCCAUGCUGCCGUGAACUUUUCAGAGGAGCCCUGAUGGAAUCACUUCCGAGGAGAGGUUAGGCUGCAAUGCCCAUUUUACUGCACCAGGAGCUGUGAGACUGCAAGGCUGCGCUAUGCUCAGGAUAACAAAGGAGCCCCGGUCUUGCAAACUUUCUGCUCUCCUUCUCCUGUGAGGACAGCCGGUGAUUUCAAUGGAAGUAUGUGCUGAAGUAAAGACCGACAUGGAAGAUGUGAGCUCCAAAAGGGUCAGUGAAUUCUUGCAGAAAUGUGUCAAACUUGAGGAUCAUGAAAGGGAUGCUCAGCCCAAGGAGGAGAUCAUAGAAGUGCAAACUCUCCCUAUACUCACCCCAUCCUACCCUCAGACAGUACAAGAGGAAAUAUCAAUGGUCUUCAACACCUGUGCCAUGCCAGCCAACCUGGGACCAUGCACCAGAAGGAGGCGCGAAAAAGGUAGUGGCCACGAUGGGACAAGCACAUCUCUCUACGUUGACCGGCGCAAAUCCAAGGUGUGGAACUAUUACACCAAGCUGGGGGAUGCCUAUGUCGAAUGCAACGUCUGCAAGAAACAGCUGUCCUUCCACAAUAGCACCACUACCAUGAGGGAACACCUGGUGAGGAAACACAGCAUUCGUGACACUUUGUUAUCUCAAUUAAAGGAUGACCAGAUUGCAGACCCUGACUACGUUGCUCAGGAAACUGCAAUAAAAAGGGCCCGCCAGCUGACACCUGAAAACAAUAAUCAGUACCACACUGUGCCCUGCACAGAACCCAGGACUGAUGUGAUUCUGGAACUUGUGUUAGAAAUGAUUUUUCGGGACCUUCAUCCCCUUUCAGUAGUGAAGGACAAAGGCUUUGGCCUUCUAAUUGGCUAUCUAGAACCCAGUUUUAUUCUUCCAUCUCCUAUGCAGCUCUCUAGCAUGUUAUGGCACCGAUAUAAUGUUGUCAAGCAACACCUAGAAUACUACCUACAAACAGCCCAAUCUAUUGUAAUCUGUGCUGAGUUCUGGCUCUCCCAGCCCAACCAGACAUACCUGACAAUCAUGGCUAGCUUUAUUGAUAGAGAAUGGCGUCGGGCAAGAUGUAUCUUGGAGACCCAACAGGUGCAUGAAAACAAAACAGAGAGCAAUUUGGGAGACAGGCUAUACUCGGUCUUGACUGACUUUGCGUUAUCCAAUAAGAAUGUUUUCUGUGUGAUGCAUGACAGCCUUCAGGACAUGGAGUUGAACUCGUCACAACUCAAGUGUGUCUAUGGCUGGACUAGCCUUUGCUGUGCUGCUCACCUGCUGCAUCAGUGUGUCAAGGCAGGUCUUGAGGUGGAGCAGGUGCAAGAGGCCCUGAGUGCUGCUCGUAGCAUUGUCUGCUACUUUCAGCAGGAUGCUAAGGCUACCUGCUCACUAAACAGCAAACUGGAAGCCAUCAACAAGACUAAACUGAAGCUGGUGAUGGACACUGGAGCUCGGUGGGUAACCACCAUUGAAAUGUGUGAGUGUCUACUGGAUCUCAAGUGGGCUAUCAUGUCUGUGUUGGAGGAACAUCCCAAGGGAACAACAGUGGUCCAGAAUUUGGCUGACCACCAGUGGAAGCUCUUGCAGGAUCUGGUGCCUGUCAUGAGAACACUAAAGAUUGCCACUUCCUUCUUGCGGGAGGAGCAGAACUUCUCCAUCUCUUCCUUGAUGCCGUGCAUCCAUGGAAUUGUUACUGCCAUCGGGCAGCAGUCAGAAGAAGCAAGCGGCAUCAUCAAGACUGUGGUGAACAAUAUCAGGUCGGAACUCACACAGCGUUGGGGAAUCUUAGAUGAUGAGAAACUGCUGGAGAGCCCAGCAGUGGUGGCAUCCUUCUUAGACCCACGCUUCAAAGAAAUGAGAUUCCUCAGCCCCAGUCUGCGGAGUGAGCUGCACAAAAAAAUCAAAAGCAUGUUGUCCCAGUUCUUUAACCACCAGUCCCCAAUCUCAAACCAAUUUUGGGUUCCAAACUCUGACUACAAAGCAGAGGUUGGUGAAGCAGGCAACCAGCUCUCUACUCACAAGGAAAGAGGUCCAAGCGGGCAGUCCCAGAGUAUGUAUGACAUCCUUUUAGGAAAAGACCCAACUGAGAGUAUGCCUGAGAUCCACCAGCAACUGGAGAACUACAUUGUGGAACCCCUGUGCAAGCGUAGCACUAACCCCUUGGACUGGUGGAAGAACAAUGAACAUCGUUUUCCCUCUGUAGCCAGAUUAGCCCGGCAGUACCUGGCCAUACCUGCAACAGUUGUGCCCCCAGAUCAGGCCUUUGCUGCCAGCGAAAGUGCCCUGGAGCACAGGAGAGGUGUACUUGCCCCAGAAAACCUGGACCAAAUUCUCUUCUUGCAUCAAAAUUUUGAUUUCUUAGAAUCUGUGAGAAAUGGCAAUGAGAAUCUGACUAAAACUGUGCACAACCAGUUCUGAAAGUUGGGUGUGGGAAAAGCACUCAGAGAAUUGGAGUGUGGUCUGUACACUGGGAGAUGGAAGACCAUCUUGAAAGGACACCUUAACCUUCAGGUCACUUUAGUGUAGUCCGAGGUCAGAGCUAGGCUCUGUCUGUUAAUUUAAACAUUUGCCUGCUGUCUAAACUUAUUCGUGGUUUUUGCUGUAGUGGUAGGUCUUUCCCUAAAUAAGCCUAAUUUUCUUCUUGAAGAGGUGUGUUCUAAGCUGUAGCAGAAAUAUGAACAAGUACAAUGGCUCAUAAAAAGAUACUAGUGCAUAUAUAUAUAUAUAUAUAUAUAUAUUGCAGAGUGCAGUGCUCCAAAGUCUCCUGAGGGAGCUAAUGCAGCCCCCAGGCCUUCCACAGUUACCUGUCCCUACUUUAUAAUGAUUCCUGGGAGGCCCUUCCAAUGAAGGAGCUUUGGCGUUCCUCACUCCCCGUUUGGAUCCCUGUAAAUCAGGGAUAGUAGCAUUGUGGUCCUCUAGUUGUUUUGACACUAGCUCUCAUCAUCUCUGAUAGUUGCAGCUGACUGGAGAUGGGAAUCUGACUACUUCUGUAGGGCCACAGCUUGCCUUCUCUUGCUGUGAAAGAAAGUAGGCUUCCUUCUGCAAAGUCUUCCAUCACUCUGGCUUCCCACUUUCUUAUCCUUGCAACCCUGGAGAGGCAGAACUAACACCAUACAUCUAUUCAUGUGUUCGUCUUGUUGGCCAGAGUAAGCUUGGUAUGACUGCUUUGGUGUUGUGGCUGCCUCUUAUAAGAAUUGCCCUUCUGGAUCAGAUCAAGAGCCAGCAAGUCCAGUAUUGUGUCUUCUGCCAGUCAGUUGGUUCUUAGAAGACAGCUCAGCUUUGGCUUCUCUUGAAAGUGAUCAGGAAGCCAAUCUCUUUAGACUUCUUCGGUCCCUUCGACUUGCAUCCCUUGUGUAUUUCCUUUUGCACAAUUUCAAAUAUCUCUGCUUACGUAUGAAGCAGAUACUACUCACAUAUACUGAGCCUAUGAAUGGGUGGUGCUUAUAAGAUAUGCACCAGGAUACCCAUUGUAACAUCGUCCUUCUGUAAGCAAAUCAACCCCCUGAGAUACUCACAAGAACCAUGUCUUUUGGCAAGAUUUCUUCAGAGGUUUGCCAUUGCCUUUUGCUGUGGCUGAGAGAGUGUGACUUGCCCAAUAUCUUGCAAGCAAUGUUAGUUGGUUAAAAACAAAUCAUGCUUUUAAAAGUAAUUUGCAGUAAACAAAAAGCUGUGUAGGUUGUUCGUUGAAAGGCUAGUGCUGAGUAUUGUUCGGGGCAAAGAAGGCAGGUCUGUAAGGGUUUCCAUGCAAAAAACCAAAUGCUUGAGUGCUCAAAGGUGCUUUCUUAUGUCUAGCAACAGAGAAAGAGUAUGAAUAGUGUAGGCAGUUCAUAUAGAGUAGGGGGAUAUAUUAAACCUGUAUGCAGAUUUUGUUUUAGUGGGGUUAAUGUGCUCACAGACCUUCGCUGCACAAGUAUGUGUUUGCAUGGAAAAGUAUGAGUACUGUAGUAAUCCCUGGUGGGGUGUGUAUGUGUGUUCAUAACCCAUCCUGCAGCAUUCUAGAAGUGUGAAGAAAGACCAGGUAUGAUGAACAAAGGUGAGGAGCUGGACUUGUUUAGGCAAUUCACAACUCAACUCCAACUGUAAUACGGAUUGCUAGGUGUGAAGUACUUGUGAAUGUAUGAGGAUGCAAUAUAUUAUCCAUGGAGUGUUGUUGCCAGGAAGCAUAUAAAACAAAUAAUCAUGCUGCUGUUGAAUGAAGAGAUUUUAUUGCUGGGGUAGGGAAUGUCUAGCCCUCCCUAUAUUGUUGAACUGCAGUUUCUAUCUAGGGAUAAUGGGAACUGGGAUCAUAUAUCAUCUCAAGAGACAGAUGUUGCCCACUUCUGGUUCCUGCCAUGCAAAAACUUAAUGCUUGCCUUUCAGUGCAGUAUGUAUUGAAAUCUGGUUUCCACUAGAAAACUCUUAAAAUUAAACCAAUUAGUAUAACUGAAGCAGACUUUCUGAAGACCUCCAAAAAUGAAAGGAAAUGGAGGGAGGCAUGCACUAGGCCAGUGGUUCCCAGACUUUGAUCCUCCAGAUGUUUUGGACUUCACCUCCCAGAAUUCCUGACCACUGGCUGGGGCUUCUGGGAGUUGAAGUCCAAAACACCUUGGAGGACUAAAGUUUGGGAAUCAUUGUAUUAGAUCCUAAGGCAUAUGAAAUAUCAGUGCAUUGAGACCUGAUGUUCCCCUGAACACAAAUCUAGUGAUGGGUCCAGGCUCCUGGUAUGGAUCUGAGCCCUGUUGAUAAAGUCUACUAAAAGUGUGAGUUUCCCAAAUAAAGUGCCCACUGAAUCUUUAUAUAUUUUCCUUGUAAAUUAGGAAUUUAAAUCUAUGAUGGUGCUGUAGUUGCCACCUGUCUUUAAACUAGAGUAUACCACCUGACCUUUUUCUUAAGAAUUGCCUUCAAUGUUCCCAGUUUGAUGUACAAAACAUCCUAUAGUAGUCAGUUGGGGAUGAUGCACAGACUGAACCAAAUAUUAUAUGGGAAGCAGCAUAUACUGACUAAAAUGGCCACUAAGUAGGGAGGAAAUGAGCAGUGACUCAGACAUGCAUGGCACAUGCGUUUGCAUCCUCUUGGGCUCUACUUGAACUUGAAGUGUGUGGGUACCUCCUUUUGAACAAAUGGAACCUGGGCAGGCAAAAGGGAAGUGCAUACCAUUAAGCAACUCCCUGCAGAAAGACUGAGCCGCCAGUGUUUUAAAAGUACUCUUAAUAUACGUUGUGGGAGAGCUGUUUAACUUUGAAAGGGACAGAAGGCUUGGCCCUGAAAGUACUUGUAGUUUAGCAGCUAUUCCAGCCUCCCAGGCCAUAUGUUAAGACACAAGGUUGUCAAGGGCUGAGACAGAAAGGAAAACGCGUCAAGA